AUGUCCCCCAUUCCAUUCCUCAAAUUUCCGUAUUUGAUCCAACUUGACGUACUUAAACAACUCGAGUUUGAUGAAAUCUUUCUGAUGAGUUUAUGCUCGAAAAAAGUGAAAAUCAUGAUACAAAGUGUUAACUUAGAAGCUGAAAAAUUGGUAUACGGACUGGUAGAGAGCAUGGCUCAAGCUUUUGUGGGACAUCAUGAAGGCUUGCGGCUGCUGCGUGAUGUUGCAAACUUUCAAUGUUUUGAAAGUAUUCCUAGAAAUGAAAUGAGUCAAAUGAAUGUUGGAGGCAACACGAUUGAAUGCAGUUUCAUAAAACAACUAAGGAACGGAAAAGAAGCGUAUACUGUCGGUUACCAUACAUCAGAAGAAGAAAUCGUUCUGAAAUCAUUGCACUGCCAUAUCAGCAGUCUGUUCCGAAACAAGCCGCAUAUUCAAUUAAUAGCUGUUUCCCCCCGUGCAUUGAUCAAAUCCGCCGUCAUAUCAAAUCUCAAUGAAGCCUCAAUUAGCAUUGAUGAACCGCAAGUGUUGGAUACGUCGCAACUAGAAGACUUUGUGAAUUUACAUUCAAACCUUGAUAACGUCCAAUUAGUGCACUCUUUCACCGGACCUCCAUUGACGAGAGAAUCAAGAUUUUUAAAGAUCAAAGCGUUAACUGUACAUGACGCAGGUCAAAGAACUUCUGAGCUCAUGGCGAAUUUCGAUGGCCAGCAUCUCCAUCUUUCCAAGCCCAUUUAUACUACUAAUGAUUGGUACCAACUACUCAGAAGAUGGAAGCGAAAAGAGGCCUAUGGAAACUUGAAAACAUUGGUUACAAAUCCUCCAGAGCAACAAACCAUUUUGAAUUUGGACGUUACAGAGUUUGAUAUAAAAGUAUGGGACGGUCAAAGAAGACCAAGGAAGUACAAAUUGACGCUGCCCCGAUCCAUGGAAGUGGAUUGUUCCUACUGGUUGGACAUGCAACAGGACGGAGGCGGCAAGUGGGCAUCAGUUAUGCUAUCACAGGAUUUGAAAUUCUUCGUCGUUUGGGAUUAG